AUGGCCUCCGGUGACUCUGCGGAGAAUUACGCUGUCUUCCGCGAGUGUAUCUCAAGCAUCAUCGUCGCAAGAAGCAGCCAGCACAAGCCCAACAAAGCGCCGAAGCGCAGGUCAUACAAGGCCAAGAGCGCCAGACGAAAGGAUAAUGCGGAAUCCAGAGACGUAUCAUCCGAUUCCAUCUCCAGCGCAGCGGAGGAGGAGAAUCCAGAGGAACUAGCCGAUUUUAUCGAUUUCAUUGCUUCCGAGAUCUUCAGCACCCUUCCAGAUCCCCUUCAAACUCUCUCAUACUCCGCGAUCCAACACUCCCCGGCCCUCGCGGAAACGUACUCCCUACCACUGACGCCAUCGCACCUUGAAUCCCUCUCCAAUCCACUCCCAACCUCCAUAGCCGACACACUCACGACGUAUACACCCGCCCUUGAAGCUCCAGAUCUCCUGGCGCGCGCACUGACAGAGUAUAUACCCGGUGUAACGCGCCCGCCACCCGUCUGGGCCAACACGCGCAAAUCCGCCUGCGAGAUUUGUGAACGCGAUUGGAUUCCGCUGAGCUAUCACCAUCUCAUACCGAGGGGGGUGCAUGAGAAGGUGAUUAAAAAGGGGUGGCACGAUGAGUGGAUGCUAAAUAGUGUGGCGUGGUUGUGCCGGGCGUGUCACAGCUUUGUGCAUCGUAUGGCGAGCAAUGAAGAACUGGCCAGGGAGUGGCAUACGGUGGGUAGGAUUUUAGAAAGGGAAGAUGUGAGAGAUUGGGCGCGAUGGGUGGGAAGGGUUCGUUGGAAGGCUAGAUGA